UGGUCAUUGACUCAUUCCCUGAAGGGCAUGUAAUAUUGUUUAGUCAUUUAUUGUCUGCAAAGACUAACUGAAGACAGAUCAAACGAUGUCAGCUGAUAUGAGACUAAACGUGCAUCACAGGCUGCUGAUAGCUGCACUGGUUGUGUUUGCGCAACAGCUGAGCAGCAGAGGAGGAGCUCAGGCCUGGACGUACAACUACAGCACCAGUCCGAGCCGGAGGUGGCUGGAGGCCCGUCAGUGGUGCCAGGAGCAUUUCACCGACAUGGUGGCCAUCCACAACCAGGAGGAGACCGACUUCCUCAAUGAGCUGCUGCCACGCAACUCCAAAUAUUACUGGAUAGGGAUUCGCAAAGUGGCUGGAGUGUGGACCUGGGUAGAAACCAAUGAGAAUGUCCCUGAAGAGGCCCAAAACUGGGCGACAUCGGAACCAGAUAGGAUCGCAGGUCAGGACUGUGUGGAGAUUUACAUCAAGAGGGACAAAGAUGCAGCCAAGUGGAACAACGAGAAAUGCCAACAAAGGAAGGGAACCGUCUGCUACUCUGCCUCUUGCAGACAGGAUUCCUGCAGUGCUCAUGCAGACUGUGUGGAGACUAUAGGAAACUACACCUGCAAGUGUCAUCCUGGUUUCUCCGGCCCAAGCUGUGAGGAUAUUGCAUGCAACCCUUUGGCAGAUCCAGCUCACGGCUCUCAACUCUGUUUCCAUCCCUUCGGGUCCAAUCGUUUCAACUCUUCCUGCCUUUUCAGCUGUGAACGAGGCUUCCGGUUGGUCGGCGAGUCCCAACUGUUCUGCCAAGCCAGCGGACAUUGGAACCAACCAGUUCCUCUGUGUCAAGCUGAACAGUGUCCAGAUCUGAGCCACACUAACUUCAGCAGUGGAACAAUGACCUGCAGACACCCGGUGGGACCUCACAGCUACAACUCCACCUGUGAGUUCAGGUGUGACGAAGGCUUCGACCUCAUUGGAGAGGACCGGAUACGCUGUGAUCACAGCGGCCAAUGGACGGCCAGCGUCCCAGCAUGCACAGUGGUGCAGUGCAGCAGUAUAAAGGCUCCACUUCAUGCGCAUAUGCAAUGCAAAGACCCUAUAAAGGAGUACAGCUAUGGCUCGAUGUGCACCGUGCAGUGUGAAGAUGGAUUUGAUCUGAUUGGUGCAAACAUGACGGAAUGUUCUUCUCAGGCCAACUGGAGUCAUGCACUUCCUGAUUGCAAGGCUAAGAGGUGUAAUCCCAUUAAAUCCCCUCCUCACGGCUCCCUCUCCUGCUCCGACCCAAACGGUUCCUUCAGUUUUGGUUCUCGGUGUACAGAAGCUUGUGAUGAAGGAUUUCUGCUCAAUGGAACGUCCAGCUUUGAGUGCACCUCGCUGGGCGUGUGGAGCGCAGACAUGCCAAGCUGCUUGGCUAAGAGAUGUCCCCCACUGAACUCUACUGCUCAUGGAUCCUUCAUUUGCUCUGAUCCUCAUGGAAACUUCAGUUUUGGUUCUCGUUGCACGACCACCUGUGAGGAGGGCUUUAUUUUGAAUGGGACAGCUGAAACUGAGUGCACCUCUUCAGGCACAUGGAGCACAGAUGUCCCACACUGCUUGGCUAAGACAUGCCACAUACUACAAUCUCCUCCUCAUGGCUCCUUAAUUUGCUCCAAACCUCAUGGAGAGUUCAGUUUUGGUUCUCAGUGCACGACCACCUGCGAGGAAGGAUUUAUUCUGAAUGGGACAGCUGACACUGAAUGCACUUCUCUGGGCACAUGGAGCACAGAAAUCCCACACUGCUUGGCCAAGAGAUGUCCCACACUAAAAUCUCCUCCUCAUGGCUCCUUAAAUUGCUCCAAACCUCAUGGAGAGUUCAGUUUUGGUUCUCAGUGCACGACCACCUGUGAGGAAGGUUUUCUUCUAAAUGGGACAGCUGACACUGAAUGCACCUCUGCAGGCACAUGGAAUGAAGACAUCCCACAAUGCACAGCCAAGAGAUGUGCCACACUUAAAUCUCCUCCUCAUGGCUCCUUAAUUUGCUCUAAACCUCACGGAGAGUUCAGUUUUGGAUCUCAGUGCACGACUACAUGUGAAGAAGGCUUUCUUUUAAAUGGGACAUCUGACACUGAAUGCACCUCUGCAGGAAAAUGGAGCACAGACAUCCCACAAUGCUUGGCUAAAGCAUGCCCUGCUCUCAGUUCUCCCUCUCACGGCUCUUUAUUCUGCUCCGACCCUCAUGGAGAGUUCAGUUUUGGUUCUCAGUGCACAACUACAUGUGAGGAAGGUUUUGUCCUUAAUGGGAUUGCUAAAACCGAGUGCACCUCUCUGGGAACAUGGAACAUAGAUAUCCCACGAUGCUCGGCUAAAAUAUGCCCUACUCUCACUUCUCCCUCCCACGGCUCUUUAUUGUGCUCCGACCCUCAUGAAGAGUUCAGCUUUGGUUCUCAGUGCACAUCAACAUGUGAUGAGGGUUUUCUGCUGAUUGGUUCAAAAGAUACAAACUGCACUUCUGUGGGCAGGUGGAGCAGAGAAAUGCCUCGCUGUCAGGCUCGUCAGUGCCCCCUACUGGCUGAAGCCCCGCAGCAUGGGGUGAUGAACUGCAGUCAUCCAAACUCUCCUUUCAGUUAUGGCUCAACCUGUGACUUUGCAUGCAGUGAAGGUUUCUGGUUGAGAGGAACACCGACGAUGACAUGCAACACCUCCGGCCUCUGGAGUCAGAAUCUACCCACCUGUCAGCCUGUACGGUGUGAAUCCAUCAGAGCUUUGCCGUUAUCCCUGUCUAUGAACUGCUCCCAUCCUCUGGGGGAUUUCAGCUUUGGCUCUCAGUGUGUUUUCACCUGUAAUGAGGGAUUUUCACUAAAUGGAACGUCGAUGCUGGUUUGCUCCUCGACUGGGUUUUGGAGUGAUAGUCUGCCCAGCUGCACAGGUAUGUCGAUGGGGACGGCCAUGCUGAUGUACACUGGAGUUGGUGCAUCCUCUGCUGUUCUGGUACUGAUCCUAGUUGGACUGGUUUUGUUGGUCAUGUGGCAAUUUAGGAAAAGAGGGCCUCCAAUCAUGGCUGAGGAUCAUGCAUGGGAAGAAACAGAAAACCCAGCAUUUGAAUUUUAAUUACAUUUUUUGCAUUUUUUCUGAGAUCUGAUUUUGCUUAAUGCUACCUAUUAUUAAUUAUAUGAGACAAUCGGUAGUUACCUAAAAUUAGAAGGUUCUUGAGGAACUCUGGGAAUACUCAAGGAACUUUUUGUUGGUUUUCUGUAGACCUAAUUGACACUUUAUACCUUCGUUCACACUUUGUCGUGUUCAUUUUAUUUUUAAAACUUAUUUGGCAUUAAAUCAUGGAGUUCUUUUGAACAAUUUAGGAGAUAUUAUUGCAAAUUUUAGAGAUUUUUUUGGAAAAAUUCAGAUCAUAUUUGACUUUCUUUUGACAAAAAUAUGCACAAAUGACUCCCUGUUCACCUACUGUAGGAACAUCUAAAUGUUAUCUGCUGUUUUGGGGAGCUAAAAAAUAUUCCCAGAUAAUUAUAAAGAGUAGAACGUAGAACCCCAAAUGCCACAAAAGAGUUUCCCAAGACUCUUCUACUUCUAAGAGUGUAUUCAUUGUAUAAUAGUUGUUCCAAAACACUUAUUUCCAUUUUUACUCCAUCCUUAGUACUUAUUUAUGUGCAGCUUUUGCUUCAUGUCCUGCUUGUAAAUUGCUUAAUUAACAAUAAACUAUCAACAAUGGUUGAGUAA